AUUGUCAUUCGCCAUCAUGCACUGGCACACAAAAGUAGUGCGGUCGGCUGGCGAUGCCGCCACUUACAUGCAGCUCGUGGGCCGAAGCAACGAAUGCACCAAGCUGAUCAAGGCCGGAAAGCUGAAAGAGGCUGAGGCGCUGCUUCGUGACGUGCUGGCUAGCAAGCCCGCGGCUGGAUUUGACGAGGUAUCGAUUGCAUUGACGCAGAACGAACUGGGUGGUGUUCUGCGGCAGUUGGGUGAGCUGGACGAGGCACUCGAGCUGCUCAUGAAGGCUCUAGAAGUACGCGACCAUGCGGACGAGGAGUCGGGCAUCACCAUUGCUUUGCGGGACGGAAAUUUCACGCGGGAGGAAAUCGGAAAGGUGUAUGAAGCCAAGGGUGACUGCUCCAAGGCGUUGGAGGUUCGGCAACCAGACAAACGCAUCUGCGGCAAUGAGGCCUGCGAAGCCCUUGACUACGAGGUAGGUAAGCUACAGGCGUGUAGCCGCUGCAAAUGCGUUUUCUACUGCGGCAAGACGUGCCAGCGCCACGACUGGAAGAAUCGCCACAAGCCGCUGUGUCAGCCGGAGAAGGCCGCCAAGGCUUCGUAAGCUGAGUUGAGAGAGUGAAUCCCUAUUUUAAUUUUUUUAUGAGAUGUUGCGGUAGUGAGAGCAACCAGUGAAUGAUGUCUGGGACGUUGACACGAUAAUCGGAGCUGAAAUUUCGCUUAGCAUUGGCUUUCCGAGGCAGCUAACCACUGCUCAACUUGAGCAGUGAAAUGGAAUUACCGGUAGUUUAACAAACGUAUGAAGGACCGUUGCUCGAGCAACCCUAUCGUUUGACCAAACAUUAGGCAUCAUCCAUCUAUAAACACUUUCGUUUAGCAAAAAUCUAAUAUGCAGUAGCAGUCGAGGCGCAAUAGCAUGCAUAUCCAAUCA